AACCACUCAUUGGCACAGACCGGAAGGUAUCUGCUUAUACCUGCUCCCAGUGAAUUAGCGAGUAGUGCAGCCGUUCCCCACACAUGCCCCCAACUAAGGGGAAGAAUCCCAACCCGAGCGGGCUUGGGCGCGCUAUCAUCAAUCGGCAGGCGAAAGAUGCACACAGGACUAGUCAGACGGGACUGUAUACUACCGACAUCGACUCCACUACCAGGCUACAGUCGAUCACACAAGAACGGGACUUGGAUGAGUUUCUAAACACCGCUCAAUUGGCCGGCACUCAAUUUACAGCUGAACGUCGGAACGUAACAAUCAUCAAUUCCCCUGCUACGUCGCAGCACAAUGCAUAUCUUCUUUCCGACGAAGAAGAGACAAACACAUUGCAGAAGCAUCGCGAAAAUCGGCAACGGCUGCGCGUACCAAGGCGCCCCCCAUGGACAAAGGACAUGGCCCCAGCGCAGCUCGACAGACAAGAGAAAGAUGCGUUCCUAGAGUGGAGAAGGGGAUUGGCGGAGCUUCAAGAUAGAGACCGAUUUUUGCUCACCCCGUUCGAACGAAAUGUUGAAGUAUGGCGGCAGCUUUGGCGGGUCCUAGAGCGCUCCCAUCUCGUGGUCCAGAUCGUCGAUGCUCGGAACCCCCUCCGCUUCCGAUGCGAAGAUCUGGAGUCGUACGUACAAGAUGUUGAGGGGGCGGAGGGUGAAGCUGGUACAGGAAGGGGCAAACGUCGGAGUCUGCUUCUCAUCAACAAGGCUGACCUCUUAACGUUAAAGCAAAGGCGGCAAUGGGCCGACUAUUUUGACACGCAGGGUAUCAAUUAUGCAUUCUUCUCAGCCGCGAAUGCUGCAGCGCUACAGGAGGCCCGCCGUCAGGCAUUGGCUGCCACAGAACUCGAGGCACCAAUCGAGGAUUCCGGAGACGAGGACGACGAAGUGCACGAAACCGGCAGAUAUCUCCCCAGCGCGAUCCCCGAGGUGGCCCCGGGGAAUACAGAUGUCGACGGCAGCGAGAGUUCCGAGUCUGUAGACGGAGCGCCAUCCGACGACGAUUCGAUCUCGGAUGCCAGCUCAGACGCGAGUAGUCUCUACCGUCUCCCUCCAGAGGAGGAAAGCGAAGACGCACGAGACCCAAGAGUCAAGGUUCUGUCGGUCCUGGAACUCGAGGACUUAUUUGUGCAGACAGCUCCUGAUUUGAGCACCUUCACGGACUCAUCCGGCAAUCGCCCUUCGAGAUUGGUCGUUGGUCUCGUGGGUUACCCCAACGUGGGCAAGUCCAGCACGAUUAACGCCUUACUCGGCGAGAAAAAAGUCAGUGUGUCAUCGACACCGGGAAAGACGAAACAUUUCCAAACGAUCAAUCUAUCGCCCAGUCUCAUGCUGUGCGAUUGUCCGGGUCUGGUAUUCCCUCAAUUCACGACGACAAAAGCCGAUCUCGUCUGCGAUGGUGUUCUCCCCAUUGAUCAGAUGAGGGAACAUACUGGCCCUGUGGGACUCGUCGUUAAGAGAAUACCCAAAGAGGUCCUGGACGCGACGUACGGUCUGAACGUCCAAGUCAAAACAGUCGAAGAAGGCGGGUCUGGCCAGAUCACCCCAGAAGACUUCCUCGUAGCCCAUGCAAUCGGCAGAGGCUUCAUGCGUUCUGGUCAGGGUAACCCGGACGAGGCACGAGCCGCCAGAUACAUCAUGAAGGACUACGUAAAUGCGAAGUUGCUAUACUGUCACCCACCGCCUGGCGUAUCCGAGGACGAGUUCAACGAGGAGACACGCCAGAUCGCCCUCGGCCGUGCAAUGGGAAAGAAACGAGCGCCGACGACUCGGGUGGCAAAGGGCGCCGACACGUUCGUGCCUCAGAAUGGACUGACGUCGAAUCCAGACACGCCUUCCGCGGUGGACGUGGGCCCGAGCUUCAAGUCUCAGACUGUCGACCGGGCCUUCUUCGCGAGCAAUUCGUCGCUGUCUAUGAGGCCCCAUGUGCAGGGCUCGGCGAGACAUGGCCAGGAGGUGUCUCGCAUGCAGGUAUAUCCACAUCAGAAUGCCGUCGCCGAUGAUGGUAGUGCCCUUUCGGGCCGAAGAGCAAGGAUCGCAGCGGUCCUUGUAAAUGCCGAUGGGGAAUCAGCCCUGAACGGUAAGAAACACCACAAGAGACCAAAGCGAGUGAAGCAAAGGAGUGGUAGAGGUUAUGAUUGAGGCCCAUUGUGGUCUGGUCGACCGUGGCUUUCGUGUAGCAUCCCGAAUUACCGCAAGUACUCUCACUGUAGCCGUAAAUCUAACGCAUUCUUUGAAUGGUCCGCAACCCAUGGAGGCC